AUGCCUAGCACGACUCCUCAUGCCGAGGUGCAUCGAGAAGAAAACAUAGGUCUGAUUGAAUAUUUAUCGUCCUUGCUCUCCUUUGUCUGGCCUGCACGACCUCUCCCUUCGACUCCUCGAGGCGCUCCUACAGUCGGCGCCACCAUCCAUGAGACAAGAGGGGGAGACAAGAGUGAGGAGGUGAAGGCAAACCUGAAUCACCUCCUACUGUUCCAGUCAGCGAGCCUCCUUCAGCUACUGACCCCGGCCACAAUCACCGCUCGACCAACCUCGCUGCUUCCGCCCACAAGCGUAGGACACGCCACCGCUUUCUGCUUUCGCCCUCUGAACUGGCCUCCGUCGUGGAGCCUAAGGGUGGGAGCCCGCCCGCAUCCGACGCUCCAUCUACCCCUGCUGCACCCACAGACACCACCAGAUUCUCCAUGGCCUAUUGCCUCCACCCCGACCCGGCAGCCGCCAUGGGGGCCUAAGUGA